AGAACUGUGAGAAAUGAUGGAGUUUACGCGAUUGAUUUAUUCUAUAAUUGUGCUAGAAGUGAUAUUUUUUUGUGAUUCGGGUGUUGAACCUGCGGGUGUUUUCAACAUCCUGCAGGACCCAAUGAACCUGGUCAAACAAGCCGAGAAAAUAAUUACGGACGCCCGCGAAACCUUUCCCACAAAAAUCGUCAAUAAUAUACAGCCUCAGACGAAACCCAUUGAUUUUAAUGUCGUCACGGAAGUGCAAGAAAAUGACAAUAAAUUGGAAACCAGAAGUGACAUAAAGCCAGAAGAAAUCAGCAAUUAUGUGCAUCACGAAUUUGAAAUCAAAGGUGGAGGCAUUCAGAAAAUCAAGCUUUAUACUGGGCCUGAUCUGAGUGGAGUCAGUGGGGAACUUCUGGGAAGAUAUUGUUGGGACUUGAGAAGAUGUUUCGAAGUCACAUUGGAUAAUUCUGUGUCAAGUGUUCUCGUCACUGGCCUAUGGGCAUUUUAUACUGACUACACCUAUGGCCAACUCUCAGAGAACAGCAGCAUUUCAGGAGAAGUUGAAUGGGCUUGGGGAGAUAAUCACUUGCACAAUUUUGGUACAUAUUUGGACAAUAAUGUAUCCUCAGCCAGAUUCAUUGGACCUGGACAGGACAUGACUGCAGAUAGCUUGUCUAUGUUCAGUGGAAGUUUCUUCAGAGGAAGAGAGUACUUUCUGGUAGCCAGUGAGGACAAACUCUUUGGUUGGAGCUUUGCCCUAGGGUCUCUUGUGGUCACAGGAAACUCUGCUUGGACCUUAUAUGAAGAACCCGGCUUCAAGGGAUCGAGUGGAUGCGUUUACCCGCCGGGUGGUGGAACCCCGAAAAUGCUCGCAACCCCGGACGUCAUCGGAAACGUCAUCGGAAUGGAGCAAAUCGGUUCCGCGAAAAUUGGCUGCCAUUCUCGCAAAAUUCUUCCUCAAGUGCAAAAAUCAACGGCUUCACUCAAGACAUCUCCCUUGAAUUACCCAAUUUUUCCUCCAUUCGCCGUAAAUUUACGCGGUGCCAGUCCUCUUCAAGAAUUCGACGAAAAUGCUGCCACUGAAAAGAAAAACAAGACCAGCAACAAGAAAUGAUUGUUAUUUUUAUGAUUGAAGAAAAUAUCGUACUUUUAGAAAAAAAAAUUAAAUCAAAUUUACUCGGAUGAUACCAAAUUGAAAAUUCAGGGCACGUCUUUCGCCGUGACUUUGGAAUUGUUCGCAUCAAACUUACUUGAAUCAAAAUCAAAUUUACUUGAAUGAAAUCAAACUCAAAAUUCGGGGCACGUUUUCGCCUCGACUUUGGUAUUGUUCGCAUAUCGGCACGAAAUAUCGUCGGAAUUUUUCCAGGAAAUGGACUGUUUCUUUUUUUGUCAUGGUGAAUUAAUCAUAUUUUGAUUUAUUUUUCAAAAAUAUAUAUACAGUUGAUAGAAUAUA